CCCUCUGCACGCUCACUUUCUAUAACUUUAUCGGGUUCAAUUUGAGCCCCACGCACCUUAAAUAGUUCAAAAUUCAUACUACUAGCUUUCGCCAUGUGUUUUACCAUACUCCAAUCCCUCCCUAACAGGAUUGCAGCAACCGCCGCAGGCCGUCCGUCACUGCCAUUUUCAGGCUCCAAAUGUCAGACCCGCCGCAGCCGAUUGCGCAUUCAGCGUGGCCACGCUACCGGAAUCCGAACAGUCGACGCUGCUCAGCACUCCGGCUACAAAUCGCAGGGGUCGAGCAUAGUUAAGGACUCGGGCAAGCUGAGAAUCGCGGUCAUAGGGUUUGGGAACUUUGGUCAGUUUCUGGCCAAGACGUUCGUCCAACAAGGCCACUUUGUGAUGGCUCAUUCGCGCUCCGACUAUUCCCGCGUCGCUCGAUCGAUCGGCGCCGCCUUUUACGCCGACCCGCGCAACCUCUGCGAGCAGCAUCCUGACGUCAUCCUCCUCUGCACCUCCAUCAUCUCCGCCCAGAGAGUCCUCCGUUCUCUUCCGGUCCAAAGGCUGAGGCCCAGCACCCUAUUCGUUGAUGUGCUCUCUGUGAAGGAAUUUCCGAAAAACAUCUUUCUCCAAGUGCUGCCCAAUCAUUUUGAUAUCCUCUGCACUCACCCAAUGUUCGGGCCGACGAGCGGGAGACACGGCUGGAGGGGGUUGCCUUUUGUGUUUGACAAGGUCCGUAUUGGCGAAGAGGAGUCCAGAGUCUCGAGGGCAGAGAAAUUCCUCGACAUUUUUGCCAAGGAAGGGUGGAGAUUGCUGGAGAAGCUGGGGCUUGAAACGACGCCCGUCAAUACAAAAGGGUACGAGGCAUUGCUGGAUUUAGUGGAGAGCACAUCUGGGGACAGCUUCGAUUUGUACUACGGGCUGUUCAUGUACAACAAGAAUGCAAUGGAGCAACUUGAGAGGCUUGACUCUGCAUUUGAGUUGUUGAAGAAAGAGCUUUUCAGGCAUUUCCACAACAAAUUGGGGAAGCAGUUGUUUGACAAGGUUGAGCAAACGGGGGAGUGAAUCCAAGCUACAUGCCUUAGAAUGCAUGGCUGUGCAUUGCCACCCCAUCGUCAUCCACUGACCCCUUGGCAACCUAGAGCAAUUGAGCAUAUCACAGAUCUUGUACUCCCUACUUGUUGCAUAGUAAACCCUUCAUUGAAUAAAAACACAAUUACUCCUACAGUUCUUGAAAAGACUUCCCGCCCUAACUUUUUGCGCACCCCAUGAAAUACUUUUACUCUACUUAAAAUGUUUAAAAUACCUCCAAAACCAUUUCUACCCGCAAUAAACUACAUAAUGGGAU